UCCUUUUGCGCGAAAUGACACGUACACGGUCGGGGGGCGUUCAUGGCGGGUGAGCCCGAGUGGCAGAAUCGUAGUUAAACGUUAAACCGUUCUCGCGCUCGGAAGGAGGAGGGAGCGAUCGAGGGUCCGCCAUAGAGGAAGGGGAGGAAAACCACCAGCCGGGAAACCAGGAACCCGUUCGCCGGAAAGCCACCGCUAGCCAUGGCGGACUUCGUCGAGCUCGAGGCCCAGGAUGGCGUUCGGAUGACGUGGAACGUGGUGCCGGGGACUAAGACGGAGGCGGCGACCUGUGUCGUGCCUGUGGCUGCCGUUUACACCCCUUUGAAGCCACUCUCUGGCGCACCGACCCUCCCUUACGCCCCUCUCCGGUGCCGGACUUGCCGGUCUAUUCUCAAUCCAUUCUGCACUGUCGAUUUCGUGGCCAAGAUCUGGGUGUGCCCCUUCUGCUACCAGCGGAACCAUUUUCCACAGCACUACUCAUCCAUCUCAGAGCAGAACCUUCCGGCCGAGCUCUUCCCGAACUUCUCCACAAUCGAGUAUGAAGCGAUGGAUGCUGCUGCCAACGCCGCCUCUGCGAUCCCCACCGUCUUCCUCUUCGUAGUUGACACCUGCCUCAUCGAGGAGGAAUUGGGGUCUCUGAAGCUUGCGCUCAUUCAGGCCGUUGAUCUGCUGCCGGAUCGCAGUCUUGUCGGGCUAAUCACGUUUGGGACGUUCGUUCAGGUGCACGAGUUGGGGUUUGCAACGAUGCCGAAAUCGUUUGUGUUCCGGGGAGGGAAGGAAGUUACCAAGGAUCAGAUCCUCGAGCAGAUGAAUUUCUUUGGAGGGGGAAAGAGGCCUCCACUAGGUGUGGUUGCCGGGCCGAGGGAUGGGCUGGCACCUGAUAGCAUUCGGAGGUUUCUGUUGCCAGCGGCGGAGUGCGAGUUCGCGUUCAACUCGGUUUUGGAAGAGCUGCAGAAGGACCCAUGGCCGGUGCCCACUGAUCAGAGGGCAUCCAGAUGCACGGGCACAGCAUUGAGCGUGGCUGCAUGCCUACUGGGAGCUUGCGUUCCUGGUUCUGGCGCAAGGAUCAUGGCUUUUGUUGGUGGUCCAUCUACAGACGGACCGGGAGCGAUUGUUUCAAAGAAUUUAUCAGAACCAAUACGCUCACAUAAGGACCUUGAUAAAGAUUCUGCACCCCUUUAUCACAAGGCUGUUAAGUUUUAUGAAGGGCUUUCAAAGCAACUGGUGAACCAGGGCCAUGUGCUGGAUUUAUUUGCCUGUGCACUCGACCAGGUGGGGGUAGCGGAGCUUAAGAUAGCUGUUGAAAAGACUGGAGGCCUUGUUGUGUUGGCUGAAAGUUUUGGCCAUUCUGUUUUCAAGGAUUCUCUCAAGCGUAUUUUCCAGUCCAGUGACUAUGAUCUUGGUUUGUCCUUUAAUGGAAUAUUUGAGGUCAACUGCUCUAAGGAUGUUAAAGUGCAAGGAAUUAUUGGACCUUGUGCGUCUCUUGAGAAGAAAGGGCCUCUCUGUUCAGAGACAGUUAUCGGUCAGGGGAAUACGAGUGCUUGGAAGAUGUGUGGUCUUGACAGGGGAACCUCCUUAUGCUUGGUCUUUGAUAUUGCAAGAAAAGAAAGCCCUGAUGCAAUUGGUCAACCGACCAGUAAUCAGUUUUACUUCCAAUUUUUAACUUAUUAUCAGCAUGCUGGUGGUCAAAUGAGAUUGCGUGCAACUACAAUUUCUAGAAGAUGGGUAGCUGGCCCAGGCAUUGUGCAGGAAUUGGUAGCUGGUUUUGAUCAAGAAACUGCAGCUGUAGUCUUGGCAAGGAUGGUGUCAGUAAAAAUGGAAGCUGAGGCUGAAUUUGAUCCUGUCAGAUGGCUUGAUAGAUCACUUAUACGUGUGUGUUCCAAGUUUGGAGACUAUCAGAAGGACAGCCCUUCUACUUUUAGUUUAUCUCCACGUUUUUCAAUAUUUCCCCAGUUUAUUUUUCAUUUGCGCCGCUCUCAGUUUGUCCAGGUGUUUAACAAUAGUCCUGAUGAAACUGCUUACUUUCGGAUGAUCCUGAACAGAGAGAAUGUUGCCAACUCAGUUGUGAUGAUUCAACCCUCAUUAAUAUCUUAUUCUUUUCAUUCAGCCCCUGAACCAGCUCUUCUGGAUGUUGCUGCCAUUGCUGCAGAUAGGAUCCUUCUUCUUGAUUCAUACUUUACGGUUGUUAUUUUUCAUGGAGUUACUAUUGCCCAGUGGAGAAAUGCUGGCUACCAGAAUCAACCAGAGCACGAGGUUUUUGGUCAAUUACUGCGAGCUCCCCAUGAUGAUGCAGAUGCCAUAAUAAAGGAGCGGUUUCCAGUUCCCCGCCUGGUUGUUUGUGAUCAACAUGGCUCGCAGGCACGCUUCCUAUUGGCAAAAUUGAAUCCUUCUGCCACCUAUAACUCUGACACGGUGCCAGCACCAGGCGGUGAUAUCAUUUUCACAGAUGACGUUAGUUUCCAGGUUUUCUUGGAUCAUCUCCAACGACUUGCUGUUCAAUAGCUGGUAUUGACACAUCAAUUUUGUAAAUUUUCAUAUUGGAAGCUUGUAUUGUACAGUAGCAAGUAUUUUCUUCUUCAUUAAUAUUUUGUCGCCUUCUUUAUUUAAUUAUUUGUUUGGUU